CUCCCAGAGCGGAAGUAGCCAGGACCCGGAAGUGCAGGAGGACGUGCUGCUGCUUUGCUGCAGGCGGUGGAACCAGCAUGGCCGUGGAAGGGAAGAAAAAGAGAAGUGCCGAGGAGGGAGAGAACCCCGACGGUGGCGGGCGUGGGAGUCUGAGCGGAGACUACCUGGUUGGGCAAGUCGCCAAUAGCUUGUUCCAUGGCAAGCGUCCCUCCAGAGGCAGCGCAGGUCGGCUGGCAGCCCUCUUCAACUCUUUUGAGCCUCAGCUUCAACCCGUGUACGUGCCCGUGCCUAAAGAAACCACCAAGAAAAGGAAACAGGAUGAGGAGGGAGAAAGUACAUCCCAAAUUCAAAGAUCGCUUUUGCAAGAACCUCCAAAAAAAAUGAAAGUGAAGAAGAAACUUUCUGAUGCAGACAAAAAGUUGGCAGACAGAGAGCACGCUCUAGCAAGUGCUGAUUUAGAAGAAGAAAUUCACCAGAAACAAGGGCAGAAAAGGAAAAAUUCUCAGUCUGCUGUUAAAGUAGCAGAUAAAAAAGUACUUGAUGAUGUGGAUCACACAGUUGUAAAUCAAAGAAAAAAAUUUCAAACCAACCAAGAAGAAGAGAGAUUAAAGAAUGAGAGAACUGUGUUUGUUGGGAAUUUGCCUGUCACAUGUAAUAAGAAGAAGCUGAAGUCAUUUUUUAAAGAGUACGGGCAAAUAGAAUCUGUACGAUUUCGUUCUCUGAUUCCGGCAGAGGGAACUCGGUCCAAAAAGUUGGCAGCAAUAAAACGUACAAUUCAUCCCAAUCAGAAAAAUAUUAAUGCUUACGUAGUGUUUAAGGAUGACAGUGCUGCUGCGAAAGCAUUGAAAAGAAAUGGGGCCCAAAUUGCUGAUGGAUUUCGUAUUAGAGUUGAUCUUGCAUCAGAGACCUCAUCUAGGGACAAGAGAUCAGUGUUUGUGGGGAAUCUCCCAUACAAAGUUGAAGAGUCUGCAGUUGAGGAACACUUUCUGGACUGUGGGCAUAUAGUGGCUGUAAGGAUUGUGAGAGACCAAGUGACAGGAGUCGGCAGAGGGUUCGGCUAUGUGCUCUUUGAGAAUACAGAUGCUGUUCAUCUUGCUCUGAAAUUAAAUAAUUCCGAACUGAUGGGAAGAAAACUCAGAGUCAUGCGUUCUGUUAAUAAAGAGAAAUUAAAACAAAAUUCAAAUCCCAGUUUGAAGAACGCCACUAAACCUAAGCAGGGACUUAAUUCUGCUGCAAAAAAUGUAGGACAUUCUAAAAGUUUAUUUAUUGGAGAAAAAGCUGUUCUCAUUAAGAAGAAAAAGAAAGGACAGAAGAAAAGUGGAUGGACUAAGAAACAGAAGAAACAAAAGUAGCAAUCUGGAAAUCUGGAGCUUUUUUUUCUUUCCACUGAGUACUGGUAAUAAAAGUGUGGUGAACCCA